AUGCUGAGAUAUGUCGAGCUUCCAGAAGAACCUGUGGCGGUCGUCACAGCUCAGGUUCCAGAGGAAAACCCAGCAGUAAUCCCUGAGGCCAACCCAAGUGUGACUGAAGAACAGACAAAUGUCGAGCAUCCAGAAGAACCUGUGGUGGUCGUCACAGCUCAGGUUCCAGAGGAAAACCCAGCAGUAAUCCCUGAGGCCAACCCAAGUGUGACUGAAGAACAGACAAAUGUCGAGCUUCCAGAAGAACCUGUGGUGGUCGUCACAGCUCAGGUUCCAGAGGAAAACCCAGCAGUAAUCCCUGAGGCCAACCCAAGUGUGACUGAAGAACAGACAAAUGUCGAGCUUCCAGAAGAACCUGUGGUGGUCGUCACAGCUCAGGUUCCAGAGGAAAACCCAGCAGUAAUCCCUGAGUCCAACCCAAGUGUGACUGAAGAACAGACAAAUGUCGAGCUUCCAGAAGAACCUGUGGUGGUCGUCACAGCUCAGGUUCCAGAGGAAAACCCAGCAGUAAUCCCUGAGGCCAACCCAAGUGUGACUGAAGAACAGACAAAUGUCGAGCUUCCAGAAGAACCUGUGGCGGUCGUCACAGCUCAGGUUCCAGAGGAAAACCCAGCAGUAAUCCCUGAGGCCAACCCAAGUGUGACUGAAGAACAGACAAAUGUCGAGCUUCCAGAAGAACCUGUGGUGGUCGCCACACCUCAGGUUCCAGAGGAAAAACCAGCAGUAAUCCCUGAGGCCAACCCAAGUGUGACUGAAGAAGAGACAACCAAAGAAGAUGUAACAAUUGAUAACAAAAAGCCAACUGCUGAAGAGACUAGCAACCCAGAGGAAGGCGAAGCACAAGACUGUUUAUUUAACAAAGAAUCCGUGGCUGAUGGACAAUCCCUGAAGCUUGACUGUGUUACAUGUACUUGCACCAAAGGAUCACUAAUCUGCGUGAAAGAUCUUGCCUGCGCAGGAGUCUGUUCCGUCACCGGUUACCAGAUGAUUCGGACGUUCGACGGCACUUUAUACGAGCAGCCUGGUACUUGCGGUUACGUUUUGGUGAAGACUUCCAGCUUUACUAUUACUCUGAACAACAAGCCUUGCUCUGAAGUGAAGAACACAGUGAAGAACCCAGAUGCAGUGUGCAUUGAUUCGGUGGAUAUCUAUAUCCCACUGGUGGCCACUCUAACCCUCUAUUCCAACGGAACCAUAUCCUCUUCAAGUGGACAUUCUGAACUUCCGUUUUCUGUUCACAAUACUCUUACAGUUCUAAGAAGCUCCUCCACCUUCUUGGACGUCGCAAGUUCUUUCUUUAACCUUCAGUAUGACUUUGAAGGCAACCGUCUUUACGUCAUCCUUGAAUCGAGCUACAAAGGACAGACCAGUGGAUUGUGUGGCACCUACAACGACAACCGCAAUGAUGACUACAGGAGUUCACUUGAUAUGACAGAGACGGUGUCCAGUUUGUUCAGCAAGUCCUGGAAGAUACAGCCGCAGUGCAUCGAGGGUGUCAAGGGAGUGGAAGACUCAGAGAAACGUGUCCAGGCAGAUCUACAAUGCAGUGGUGCCUUCGAUGACUCCAUCUUUGAAGACUGCAAGCUCCUGAUUGACACUCACAGCUUCAAGACUGCUUGUGCCAGUACCGUCUAUUAUGGUGAUACAGCUGGCUUUUGCUCUGCUUUGGCAGACUAUGCCUAUCAAUGUGCCCGCGCUGGAGUAUUUGUACCUGUUACCUCCACAUUCACAGACUGCGCCGUUUCAUGUGAAGGGGAUAUGAUUCUUACAACAGACAGUCAGUUCACCCAACAAGACUGUGCUGAGCAUUCAUCAGUACUCCGGAAGAUAUCGUCCAAUAUUCCUCUAAGCGAGGCUUGUAUCUGCCCUUCUGACCUGUAUUAUGACGCAACUCUAAACCUGUGUGUCAAGGGCGAUGAAUGCCCCUGCUACGUGAAUAACAAGGCCUACGCACUAGGGGAGACUAUUAAUUUCCCCAAUGGACAAUCAUGCCCGUGCGAGAGGAUACUGCAGUGUGGUGAAACUGAUCCAAGUGAAAAUAUAGAAAUCGAGACAUGCCCAGAAAAUGAAGUAUUCUCAGACUGCUCUAUGGGACACGGAAAAUCGUGCGAACCAAGCUGUCAAAAUGUGGCUAUCAUCGAGGAGGUCUGCAAUGCUGACUGCGUACCUGGCUGCGUCUGCAAGCAUGGUCUUUUGAGAAGUAGCGAUGGAAGCUGCAUCCCACUGAACGAAUGCCCUUGCGUGCACGGAGAUGAUGUAUAUAACCCAGGGGAAACGCUGGCUCGGGACUGCAAUACUUGCACUUGUGAAAAUGGAAAGUUCAUCUGUACCAAUAACCCUUGCAAUGCAGUGUGCAAUGUCUAUGCCGGAUCCCAGUUCUCCCUCUUUGACAAUGUCUGGAAGACCUUCCCAACCUAUGAUUGCCCGAUCAUCCUAGUUGAGUCUCAAGAAGGUGUUAUUCCACAAUUCAGAGUUACAAUGCAAAACCUCCCAUCCGAGGUCAUUGGAGGAGCUUUGGCAAAGAAGGAAAUCUCCAUUAAAUUUGGAGGUGUCAGUGUUGUGUUGAGCGACUCAGAGCCUUCUGUGGCCUACGGCUUGGGCAGCACUACUAACGUGAAGAUUUACCGCUCUGGAUUCUAUGUGGUUGCUCACUUCCUUGAGGGUCUUGCCGUCUAUUAUGACCAACACUUGGAUGUGAUUAUUCAGCUUGAGCCAAAGCUACAGGGCAAGGUUCAAGGCAUGUGUGGUGACGCUGAUGGAAAAACCACUGCUGAACUGGCCAUAAGCAAUAUGGAACAAUAUGGAUCUCAGUACCUUAUCGGAACGUGUCCUGCUCCAGAAGUGCCUCUUCCUCCCGCAACUGAUAAACACAGGAGUUUCGUGGAGAAGCGCUGCAACUUACUGAAGACCAUAGACUUUGCUGCCUGCCAUGAUGUGGUCAAUGUGCAACCAUAUUACACAGCUUGCGUGGAGGAGACAGAGAACUGCAGAGAGGGUGAAAGCUGUCUCUGUUUCUGUACAUCAGUGGCAGCUUAUGCACGCGCCUGUUGCCGCAAGGGGGUCACCAUUGAGUGGCGAAGCCCCGACACAUGCCCAUCUCCAUGUGAAUAUUACAACAGAGCUUCCGGAGAAGGACCAUACCACUUGCUCAUGUUGAAUGGCAAGACCUUGGUGGCUGAUAUUGAAUCCAACACAGUGUCGGUGGCCCAGAUCGAUUCUCCAGGAACCCUACGAGCAAGUUUCAUGGUCACCCCAAGCCUGUUUGUUGACCCACUGAAUGGCAGGAGGCUGAUCUCACUGGAGUCUGCUGAGCAUCCUAACUACUUCAUUGUGCAGAAUGAUGAUGGCAGCCUUAGCCUUAAGAAGUGGCAACCAAGCACCAACUUCCGUUCUCAGGCCACAUUUGUCUUGAGGACCGGUCGCUGGGUCAAAGGCUAUGAAGCCCUAGAGUCCUACGUAUCCCGUGGACAUUACCUAUCCAUCAACAAUGACAGAAUAAUCAUGUCCAAGGUGAAGUCUGGAAACAUGUUGGAGAUGAAUUUCAAACUGAUAGAGGAAAGCUUUGGUUUGCCUUCUUUCUCUAUCUGUACCUGGAAGUACAGAUCUUGCGGUAAACCUUGCAUUCCAACUUGUAAGGAUCCUCUUGGAGCCAAGUGCACCUUAACUCUGAAGGUUGAGGGCUGUUACCCAGUCUGCGCUCCUGGAAUGGUCUUCGACGAAACCACCCAUCGCUGUGUACGCUUUGAAGAUUGUGUGAACAUCAAGGAGGGAUGCGAGAACGUGAUCUGUAACGUGGUGGACUGCCAAGGAGGAUACAAAAGAGUUGAGGUUCCUUCAACCGAUCCCUGCUGCCCACAAUAUGAAUGUGUUGAGCCACCAGAAAUAACCACAACAACUGUACCCUCAACAUCUCCACUGACAACAUGCAGGAACGUGGUCUGCGACGUGGUGGACUGCCAAGAAGGAUAUAGUAGAGUACAAGUUCCUUCAACCGAUCCCUGCUGCCCACAAUAUGAGUGUGUUGAACCAGUGCCAACAACUACAAGCGUACCUUCAACGUCACCACUGGGGCCAUGCCAGAACGUGAUCUGUCAAGAAGUUGGCUGCAUUGAAGGAUACAAGAGAAUUCAAGUUCCUUCAGAUGAUCCUUGCUGUCCCCAAUAUGUGUGUGUUGAACCAUCCACAACAACCACACCAUCUACCACACCAGAGGAACCAUGUAAGAACGUGCGCUGCAAAGUGCCAGAAUGCGCUGAAGGAGAAAGAAUAGAGGAAACCGUUUCUGCAGAUCCCUGUUGUUCACGUUAUGAAUGUAUUGCACCAGUGACAACUACUGCACCAACCACAACAGUGGAUCCAUGUAAAAAUGUGCUGUGUGAGGCCGUUACAUGCCAAAGAGGGGAAACACUGGUGCAGGUUCCUUGGCCAGAUCGCUGUUGCCCACAUUAUGUUUGCGAGCCUGAGCCAACAACAACUCCUGAGCCCACCACCACCACCACCAUCACCACUCUUGAGCCUUGCCUAAAUGUUCAGUGUCCACAACCCAGCUGUGAUCUGAGUGAUUUGGUCCUAGUAAAACGAAACCCAGACGACAUUUGUUGCCCUGUAUAUGAAUGUGUUCCACCAACCCCAUCAACGACGGUGGCUCCAAAAACAACACCUAAGGGUAUAUGCGAGGGUGUCGUCUGUGAAGUGAACAUCUGCUUAAAGAAAGGUUCCAUCUCAAAAGCAAUAGACAGCAACGACCCAUGCUGUACAAAAUAUACUUGUGAAUGCGGCCCAUGUGCCCCAGAGCCGUUCUGUAAUGGAAACAAAGCAAUUAUGACUAUCGAUCCUGAAACCGAGUGCUGCCCGACAUACAGAUGCCCUCCUGAAUCCCAACUUGGUACAACUACAAUUGCUGUUCCCACAACCACUGAGGAGCCGUGUAAGAACGUCGUAUGUGAAGCCAUAACAUGUGCAAAGAGGGGUGAAAGUGUGGUGAGGAUCCCAUGGUCAGAUCCCUGCUGCCCUCAUUACAAAUGCGAAUGCGAAGAGGCAUGCGUUCUUCCUCCUACUUGUGAGAACGGCAAACCACCCAUCAGACUGUAUGAUGCCGAAAGCCAAUGCUGCCCGGACUACGAGUGCCAACCUGAUACUACAACUCCAUCUGUUCCUGUAACUACACCGGAUCAGUGCAAGCAUGUGGUGUGCACCACAAAAACCUGCGAGGAAGGUGAGACGCGAGUGGUCGUCGUCGGAGGAGACCCUUGCUGUACCGAGUACAUAUGCGUUUCCUUAUUAACACCUACGACACCUGCGAUCCUCAUCUCGACAACUCCUCGCAACCCUUGUGAAAAUGUCGAGUGUAACACAAAGCCAUCCUGUAAUCCCGAGGAAACUCUCCUCGUAUCAGCAGACCCAGAAAAUGAUUGCUGUCCGUUGUAUCAAUGCAUUCCACCACCGACUACUACCGUCCAGCCGCCAAUAACAACGACCCAGGAAAUAUGCACGAAUGUGGUGUGCGAAGUCAAUAAAUGCCUUAAAGAAGGCGCCAUCUCUAAGCAAGUGCCGAGUGACGAUCCCUGCUGUCCAAACUAUAUCUGCGAAUGCAGUCCAUGCGCGCCACCUCCCCCCUGCAAUGGAAACACAGCAAUCAUGUCUAUCGACCCCGAAACCCAGUGCUGUCCAGAAUACGAGUGCCCUCCAGAGACAACCACAACGCCUACCACAACCCCUGAGGACAAAUGUAAGAAUGUUCUUUGCGACUCUAUAAAUUGUGAAAGGAAACGAGCAACUGUCGUGGAAGUCCCAUGGACUGAUGAUUGCUGCCCACGUUACGAAUGCAGAUGUGAGAAGGACUGCGAGCAACCACCAACUUGUGCCAAUGGCAAAGACCCAGUCGGCAUAUUUAAUGCUGCAACAAAUUGCUGCCCCGAAUAUGAAUGCCCACCUGACGUGACCACGACUACUGUGUCCACCCUGACUCCACUGGACAUCUGCAAAGGCAUAGUGUGUGCCACGAAAACAUGCGAAGAGCCAGAUAUUCUUGUGGCAAUUGUGGGAAACAACCCUUGUUGCCUUGAGUAUACAUGUGUCCCCAUUAUUCAGCCUACAACUACAACCCCUGUCCCCACUACUACUGUGCCAUGUCAAAACGCUGAGUGUUCUCCAACACCUGUAUGCUUCUCUGGAGAGACACUCAUGGUUAGAUCUGACCCAGAAGAUAUAUGCUGUCCCCUAUAUGAGUGUGUUCCUCCAGUAACAACCACAGUAUUGCCCUCAACGACACCAAAGGAUGGAUGUAAGGACAUUGUGUGCCCCGUGGAAGAGUGCUUCAUGGAAGGAUCUUUCCUAAAAGCUGUUCCUGGCGAUGAUCUUUGCUGUCCAGAAUACACUUGUGAAUGCAGCCCAUGCUCCCCGGCUCCAUACUGUAACGGAAACAAAGCAUUCAUUAGUAUCGACCCUGAAACCCAGUGCUGCCCGAAAUACGAAUGUCCUCCUGAACAGACAAGGGAGACAACGACUCCUUAUCCAGUUGUUACAACCACUCAGGUCGACUGUUCGCUUGUGACGUGCCACAAAGAUGUAGAGUGCAGGCCCAACGAGAUUGAGAUCCAUGAAUCCAACCCUAAUGAUCCAUGCUGUCCCUUGUACAUCUGUGUACCUGGAACAACCCUGGCUCCACCUGUUACAACCACCACCACCAUUAUCAGCUCAACCAAGAUUGUCUGUGAAAACAGGAUCUGCCAGACAAAGAUCUGUAAGGACACCGAAAAACUGGUUGUAACCAACAAUCCACUGGACCCCUGCUGCCCAAUAUACACAUGCCAAUGUGAAUGUAAGACAAUUCCGGCGUGCAGCAGAGACGAGAGAUUGGUAGCAGUUCCUCAGUACAACCAGUGCUGCCCCAAAUUGAAAUGUGAGAGGAAACGAGAUGAAUGUAACCCAGUUGCUACAGAGGUCACACUAACUUCUGGACAAUGUAGUGCGUCGGUGAUACUGUCAACAUGUAGUGGCUACUGCCAUUCUAAGACAGAAUACAACAGUUUGUGGACUCCAGUCCCCCAUUGUCGAUGCUGUUCUGCAACAAACACUCGCCUCAAGAACUUUGAACUCCCCUGCCCAGAUGGUUCAGUUGCUCGUCUGACUGUAUGGGAAGCCAAACAAUGCGGGUGCCACCGAUGCUCAGAAACCGAUGAAAUUAGCAGCGGAAGCGGAAGUGGAAGCGAGGAGAUUGCCAGCGGGUACCAGCUGUGGUCCGCCAUAGAAGGACAUAAACAAGAUUAAACAGCGACGCAAAUUCUGUUAAAUAUCUAGUAGUUCAUCUUCUAUAUAAACAAAAUUGGGUCGUUCCAUGUAAGACUUUGUGACUGGUAUAUAGUUUUAUUUUAGAAACCCCCCAUAAACAUGUUUAGAACAGCCUUCCCCAUUUAGUAACCAUGGUAACUGAUACGGCCUAUGUGAAUAUACUGUUUGGUGUUCCAUGUUCUUGAAACUCCGGUAUAAUGAAGGAUUUUAAUACUGUAAAUAACGAAUAAAAAAUCAUAUAUAUAUAUAUAGUUUUAGAGCUAAAUGCCUCAUGAUUGGCGAUAAAUAUGACCCAAUACUUUUUUUUGGAUAGAUUAAACAUAGGGCACCAAAAAGUAAAUAUUGUAUAAGUAUCUGGUUAUAUAAUUGGCUGUUACAUUUGUUUGGAAUGCUGUGUAAUAAUUAGUAAUGAAUAAAGGUCACUGCUUUAUAA